AUGUCUGAUUGGCCUCCAAACCGCUCAUACUCGAUUGACUGGUUACACUGGGAUACUCAUCAACGCGGCGCGACAAAGGGGGCAGACGGAACCCCUGUUUUAGCCAUGGCCCAGGCACGUGAACCCAAAGGCGUAAAGAAAUCCAGCACUUCAACCGGAGAAACCGGAAAACGGAGGACACCAUAUGCUCUACGCGCAUGCGACGCAUGUAGAAGACGAAAGGGAAAAUGCGACGGACGACAGCCAUGCAGGCACUGCUCAAGCCGAAACCAAAAUUGCAGUUACAGCAGCAGUCUUGAGAAUAAUAGCUCCAGUCUUGAGAGUGACGAUUGGCACCCAACUACAACGACAGCAGCGCCUCCAGCGCCCGCCAUUACUGACCCGAUCCCUGCGACUACGAACCGUGAUUGCACAACUUCAGGGACUUCAUGUCAGACGAAUCAAGCUGCGAUAGUUGAUAUGCUCUCUAGUCUUCAGGAGCAAUUAAAUAGCUUGGCAUCGCAAGUGCAAUACUCGAGUAACCAGGAACAAACGAAUCUUCCAUCGCCAAUGACCAUGAUUGCUGCGACACGGCCCCGCGAUCCUAAUCCUAACGCAAAUCCCAAUACAAUACCCAUCAUCAGUCACAGUUACACUGAAUCCACCACCGAUGAUCAGAGCUCAACGCCAAAAUCCUCACGAACAACCGCCUCUCAACAUUUCUACGGCCCAACAUGUCCAGACUACGCAUUGAACGUGGGACAACUAAAACUCCGACGAAAUAGUUGUCCAGGCCCACCACUUCAACAAAAGCAAUUACAACUUGCCAGUAUUCACGAGGACGACGCUUCCGACGAAGCAGAUCAGAACGAUGGGCAAAAUACACAAUUCUCCGUGUCACCGCGCACAAUCGACAAAGGCGAUCCAGCCAUGCUUUUGACAUUCCGCUCAAUUAUGGGGUUGCAAGACGCCACUCAGCUUUUGUACAUUUAUCAAGAAGUUGUCGGUGAACUUCAUCCCGUUGUUGAUAUCGACGCGCUCAUCAUGCAGACGCGCUCGUGGUAUGCUGAAGCUGGUGCUGGAAUCUGGGAUGUUCUGGCAUCGAGCACUGGAGCUGCUACGUACGAGUUGUUAUUGAUAUUGAACUUGUGUUUGGCUAUUGCUUUGAGGGCUGAUGGAAACCCUUCGAGCUCGAAUACGGAGACUUUGUUGAGGGAUAGUUUUCAGGAUGCUGUAAAUGCGAAGCUGGCCGCACCCGCUAAUAGCAUUCAGCAUGCGACCAUAAUAUUCCUCAAGGGCUGGUAUGACUUCUUCCAAGAGAUGCCCCGCUCAGCUUGGCGCAUGUGCGGUAUCGCAGGUCGCAUGCUGAUGGAACUUGGUCUCCAUAACGCCGAAGUUUUCAGACAUACAGUCAAGACAGAGGCUCAGCGCACAGAGGCUUGCACUCUCAUCAGCAGUAUCGUCAUUCUUGAUCGACAAUGGAGCUACGCAACGGGUCUACCGACACACUUCCAAGACAAGAGCUUCAGCUCCAUGUCAACAUCGUCUGUCAAAAAUCCAUACCUCAAGGCCAUGCUCUCUUUCAUCCUAAUAAGCGAUCGCUUCAGCGAACCUAUAUCCAACGCCGCAAAAGGCGAAGGAUAUAACGAUGAAAACUCAUUUGAGCUGAUGAGCUUUCAGAUCGAGCAGUGGAGAAAGAAAGCUGUUGGUGAUUACACCGUU